CUGACCAACGUGGCCGCUACAACGGGAAAUGAUACGACCGCCUGGGUGUACCAAGGGUCUAUUGGGCUGGACGGCGGAGGCGGCGUGGUGGUCAAGGUUGUUCCAAGGGUUCUCAAGUUUGUCCAAGAAGGGGAGACCAAGGCAUUUAAAGUUAUCUUCCAGAGCAACAGGACUGUGGGGAGGAAGACCGUGACCGGGUGGGUUAAGUGGACCAACCGUCACUUCACGGUUCGGUCGGUCUUUGUGGCGGAGAUGGUCUGA